CAAUGUGAAAUACGAUUUGUGCAGAUGCGUAGAAAAAUAAAGUGAUAUAUAGCGUUUUAAAAUUCAGCAGUAAUUAUUAUUGACACUCAACUUGCGCGCCAAUAACAACAAUUACAAGCAACAUAAUAAUCAACACACACAAUUGUGUCACCUGUGCGUCUUGUUGUGUGUAUUGUGCUUUGUUCUGUUGAAUCUGAGUUACUGUGUGACUGACUAACUGUGCUCGAGUGUGUGUGCGUGUGUGUGGGCUAGUGUGUGUGUGUGAGUGCGUGUGCGUCUGUGCGCGUGCCGUAACGUGAAAUGGCAAAGAAAACGUACGAUUUACUUUUUAAACUCUUAUUAAUUGGAGAUUCGGGCGUUGGAAAGACCUGUAUACUAUUUCGAUUCUCGGAUGAUGCCUUCACAUCCACAUUUAUAUCAACUAUAGGAAUUGAUUUCAAAAUCAAAACAGUCGAACUCAGGGGCAAAAAGAUCAAACUACAAAUAUGGGACACUGCCGGCCAAGAGAGAUUUCACACAAUUACCACAUCCUAUUACCGUGGCGCGAUGGGCAUAAUGCUCGUCUAUGACAUAACAAAUGAGAAAAGUUUCGAGAAUAUUGUCAAAUGGUUACGGAAUAUAGACGAGCAUGCAAAUGAGGAUGUGGAGAAGAUGAUAUUGGGCAACAAGUGCGAUAUGACGGACAAGCGGGUGGUGAGCAAAGAACGUGGAGAGGCGAUUGCUCGGGAGCAUGGAAUACGGUUUAUGGAAACAUCCGCCAAAUCAAAUACAAACAUUGAGCGUGCAUUUUGUGAGCUUGCCGAGGCCAUAUUAGAUAAAACAUCUGGACGCGAAUCGGCUGAGAAUCAGGAACGUGUGGUCAUUGAUCGCGGCAAUAGCGACAAGGCGCCGGGUUAUAAUAAGUGUUGUGCGUAAUGCGGUUAUGACACUUGUUAGUUUAACGUUCGCGGUUGGUUUUGUGAUCUACAUACAUACAUACAAACUACUUACAUACAUACAUGCAUAUAAACAUACAUUUACAUACACAUUUAUAUAUAUAUAUAUAUAUCAAACUUGGCAAAUCCUAUUGCUUUUUUUUAUUGUGUGUGUUUCUUUUGUAAUUUUAAUUUUUUUUUUAUAAUGUGAUUGUUGUUUAAUAUUACGAGGAAAAAAGAAACUACGUUUUCUACUAGGUGGCAACCCUGUAACUGCAAUGGUUCUCAAUCUGAUUGUUGUCUCGCUCUUACUUAUGACAUUUCCUGUGCUGCGAAUGGAUUGAACUAACAAGUGUCAUAAUCCCGUUAUUUGGGCGGGACGACAGUGUAAAAAAAAAAAACGAAAACAAGUUACUGUAAAAGAAACAAAGCAAUAAAUUUAGGCAAAAAAUCACACAGACACACGCAUACAUACAAACAUACAUACAUACAGAGCAGAAACAACCAAGAAAAGAACCUACCUAAAGUUUAAUAUACAUAUAUUGUACAAUGUGUAAUUUGGAGAAAAUUUACAACAAAAAGAAAAACAAGAUAAACAACAACAAAAAUGUGUUGGUAAACGCACAACAACAAACAGAACCGAAACGAACGAAACAAGUGGAAUAGGAACAGUAAAAGCAACAACAACUAGAACUACAUACAUAUGUACUUAUGUAGUUUCCUCUUUUCCGCUGCACUGCAUUUUUCAUUUGUGGCUUGUGGAACGGACGGAAUUGGAACUGAAACGAACGGCAACUGAAACGGACGAAACAGACGCACACACGCGACUUACUCACACACACACACAUGAAAUGUAUUUGUAUUUGUAUAUGGUUAUUAAUGUAAUACCACAUAAAAAUAAAACAAACAAAACUAAAUUUAAACAAAAACUAAAACCUAAAAAAAAAUAUCAACUAUUUAUGUAUGCAAGUACGAGUGUGUAUCGUUUUUAACCUCACUUGAGAACUGUAAUUGUAACUAAUGUUUUUUCUAAUGCAAACUUUUAAAGCGAUAAACAAUUUUUAUACUUACAUAUACAUAUACCCAAAAAAAAAAAAACCAACAAAAACACACACAUGCAUAAAGAGCACGCAUUUUGCUGUUGAUUUUAGUUUCAUUUUCCCUAUUUUUGUAUUUUUUGUUUUGUUGUUAUUUGAACUCCUCAAUUCGCAUACAUAUAGAUAUAUUACCGUUAGUUAGCUUAGCUUGAACUUGCUUUUUGUUCUGUUAUUGCCAAAAAGAGAAAGAAAAUAUAUAUAUAUAUAUUAAAAUAAAAACUAAGAGAAAAUUAAGUGUAUGUAAACGAGAAAAAACUUGGAUCUUUUGAUGCGAUCGAUGACAUUGUGUAUCGAUAAUAUGAUAUCGUAAUGUAUGUUUAACGUAAUUAUGUUUAAAAAAAAGAGAAAAAGAAAAUAUUAAACAACAUGAACAACAAUUGCAAACGCUAAAUACACAAUUGGCAAAAAUGAUAAAUAUCUUAGCCUUUAGGCCAAUUGCGCCUACCAUAUAUAGAUAUUCAUACAGUCAGUCAAGUAAUUGUUUUUUCAAAAUACAAAAUUUACA